AUGAUCCGUCGCAACUCCGACAUUGAGAUCCAGCUCCCGGAUGCCGGGCCGACUCCUCUUUCGCCCGAGACCGAAUCCGAUGUGGAGAUGCUAUCGGAGGAACAGGCACUUCCCUUGAGUCUCCCGCCACACAUCGCUGCCCGAUUCUACCGUAAGAGCAGCAUCUUGCGUCGCUCUUCAGCCGCGUCGUCUCGCCGAAGCUCCAUUUCGUCCCUUCACUCGCACCAUUCCGCGUCGUCGAAUGGAUCGCCCACUCCGGAUCAUAUUGCUCAACACCUCCGACGCACAUCUAUCUUGGAGAACCGAAAGGCUAGGCUCGCUGAUCGAGCAUUGCAUGGGGAGAAAGUAAGGUUGCGAGCCGCCUUGGCUAAAGCAGCCACAAGGAACCUUCAAAUAGAAGAAAGAGCACUGGCUGCCCAACAAGCUCGUGAGCGCCUGCUUGCAGACAUCACGGCCAAGUGCGAAGAUCAGGUCAAACGAGCCAAGAAAAAGGCCGAGGACCAGCGGGAUAAGAAGGCUGCUGAAGAAGCCCGGUUGCGUGUGGAAAUGGCAGAGAAGUUUGCUGAAGCCGAGAAGCGACGCACGUUGUACCAGCAAACGCACCGACGCCAACGCACGAGCAGCUUGCCAGUUGCCGCAGAGAAGAAGAUGUCUCGAGAGAUCACCAAGUCUCUCACCCAGGAUGCGGCUGCGCGCAAAAUCCAGCGCGUGUGGAGAACCCACAAUGCCAAAAUGGUCAUGGGGCAAUUCCAGUCGUUGAAUCUUUCGGUGGACCGGGUCCGCAACGAGACUUUUGAGCAAGUUGGUAGGUUGCUUUCCAACAAGGAACUAUUAGAUACCAUGACCAAAGUUCUCCGACUUUGUGGGCUGCAAGAUAUGGAAGGUGGAACGAUGGGCGAGAGGGGUGCAGUGCGCACUUUUCUCAGCAGUUAUCUGAUCGUUACACAUCCCACCGAAGUUUUGAGCAGCAGUAACGGAGAACAGGAACAAGACUUGAUUGACAAGGCUGGAGAACUACUGGGAGCCUUUGAUCAGGUCACAGCCCUGCUAUCGUCAGGCUGUUGCUCUCCUUCUGUGAUCACCGCGGAUCUCCAGACCUUGUGUGAGAGGCACAAUGUCUUUUUCUCGGCUUUCCACGCCUGGAAGUCCCACGAUUCCAGCGUCUUGGUUGAGAUUAUGGUUGCCCAAUUUGUCGAAUUGGAGCUUAUUUGGCAAACGGUCAAGAAUGACGAAGCUGGCGGUGCUGCAGAGGACUACAGACAGGGAAUCAGACAGAACCAGAUUCUGCUGCUCGCCCGUCUGAAGCGACUUGCCGGUCCAGACCGACACAUGGAGCUGAUUCGAGAUUCGCUUAAGAAGGCUAAGCGGGAGAAGAAGCGUGCAGCUUCUAAGCAAGCUAUACCUCGAUCUGCCGAGGCUGCUCCUCCAUCUGCAGAUGUUCUGACAGAGAGUGUCACCUCGCCAAUUAGUGAAUCCUUCAACAACCUCGAUUUUGCGGUGCUCCAUGAACUGGACAAGCAGCGAACAUCGCCCCACGAGCGAUUCACCAAGAUUCUCACUCCUCUCCCUGAAAACCGUGAGUUGGUACAUGAACUUCUUAUCAAUAAAGAAUUCAAAAUUGAAGAGACAACGUACACCGAGCCUCGUCGGGUGAUCAUGCAGCAAAUGUGCGAAACGAUGAGACAAGGAGUUGAGGCUGGACAGGCCAAUAAAUGGAUUGUCGCCAUGGCUACGGUGAUCCAAGAUCGCCUGUUGCGCUCACUGCAGCGUGGCAACUCGCUCUAUGUGAUAAUCAGUGAAGUCUUGGAUCCAAAGCUGGUUCAAGGACAGUGCGAAGCUGGCACGUUCUCUUAUGACAACUUCUUCGAGUUUAUGUACAACAUCCUACCUCGGCUGUGUGCUCCUUAUCGAGACCCCGUGGUCAAGGCGUUCAUCGAAGACAUGUCAGGGGAUGAAAUUGACCGGUUGGCCCGGUUGAUGAGCAUCAUCGACCUGCUUUCGCUGGACCAGACCAAUUUCAUGAUUCAACUGGCCGCGCCUCAGCUUAUCGAAGAAGCUCCGGGGUACGAACAGCGGACUUUCGACCGGGGCAUCGCAGAUGGGACAAUCAGCGUCAGGAAGACCCGGCGAUUCUGGCGCACUCAUCACAAGAUCAUUGUUGACGAGAUGAAGAAGCGAGACCCAGAGAACAUCCAUGGUGAACCGCGCCCACAUUCAGCGCGUAUCUACGCCCAGGGUCUUGCAGAUACCGUUUUGAGUAAUGCAGUUGUGUCUGAGGAUUUGAUCCCCGAAACAUUGAGCCUUGACCGCCAUCGACUCGAGCGGCUACACGCCAGAGCAUUCCAGAUCGUGGCAACAGCCUCGAUAUUGCUGACGGCGAAGAACCUACUCAAGCGGGAUGCCCGGUCUCAAUGGAAACCGGAGGCAGACCGCAUCCUCUCGCUAGACUUCAACGAGAUCAGCGCCGAGCGCGUGCAGUCAAUCCUGGAAUCAACACAUCCAAUGCCACCCGCCGCGAGUGCCCAACUGGCAGCAACCAUCAAGCGAGUGCUUGGACCCGUCGCCACAGCAUGUCUCGCAGCUGCACCCCAGCUAGCUGUGGUUUCUUCUGAUGUAUCUGCAUCCGAAAUGCCCUCCACAGACUCGGUGAAUGCGCCCAGCUUCUCAGACCCAGUCGCGCGGCUCAUGCUCUCACGUCUUCGGAGUCAUGUUCUGACCCGACUGAGCGCAUCCAGUGCCUCGGAGCGAGUUCGAGCCACCACAACAGCGAGUCAGAACCUGGCUGCUGCUGGUAUGCCGGAGUUUGUCAAUGAAGUUGGACAGUUGGUGGAGGAAUUAGAGAAGGUCCGCGAGGUGGAUUGGCUUUGUCACGGGAUGGUAUAUCAAGGUUUAUACGAAGAAGGCGUUCCACUGUGA